AUGUUAUUCGGGUUCCUACUCCUCAACCUAACGAGCGUGCUCUCGCAAGUCGCCUCGCGCAGCACGGGGGGAGGCGGCCAAAACGAAGCGCGCGCCGAGACAACCAUCGACCUGCCCGAGAUAUCCUCCAGCAUCCGCCUGAGCUCCUCAGAAGUCAAACUUAACACCGCCGGCGCGUACCCGCGGCUGGCGAAGCUGUCCGAUGGCUCGAUCCUGAGCGUGCAGACGCUGUACAACGUGAACGGGUCGUACAACGUACUGCAAGUGUCGAAGAGCACGGACAACGGGCAGUCGUUCGACUACUUCGGCGAGAUCGUCCGCGGCGCGCACAAGGACAUCGACAACGGCUUCCUGCUCGAGCUGCCCCAAGCUCAGGAGUCUCGGGCGCCUCCCGUCAUCCUGGCGGCGUACCGGAACCACGACAUGGAGAAGCCGGGCGCCGAGCCGACGUACUACCGCAUCACGGUGUCGCGGAGCGAGGACGGCGGCAGGACGUGGAAGGACGCCGUGGACGUCGUGGGGCAGAACGCGGCCGAGAGCAAGGGGAUGGGGCUCUGGGAGCCGUCGAUGCGGGUCGGCGCGGACGGCGGCGUCCAGCUGAUGUACUCGGGCGAGAUCACGGACGCGGAGCAGGAGAUCUUCCGCGCGGUGUCGCACAGCGAGGGGCGCGAGUGGUCGGAGCCCGUCAACCUGCACGUGCACAGCCUCGGCCGGCAGUUCCGCGACGGGAUGCAGAGCGUGGUUGCCGUGAAGGACCAGGGCAACGGGAAGGACACGCUGGUGAUGGUCGUCGAGUGCAAGAUCGGCUGGCAGGUGCACGUCGACUACAUGCUGUCGUACGACGACGGCGCGUCCUGGUGGAACCGCAGCACCAUCUACGACCCCAAGGGAGCGGAUCGCAGCGCAGGGGCACCGCAGAUCGCGAACUUUGGGGAUGGCGUCGCGCUUACUUUCAUGACGGAUGAGGAUACCACGACUGUUGAUUGGCCUAAGAACUCGACUACCAAGGCGCUGUUCUCGAAUGGGGUUAGGGAUGGCAAGAUGCAGUGGUCCAAGAAGCCGGUGCUGCUCGAUGCUUCGCCGUCUUGGUGGCCGGGGUUGCUGACUACGGCAAACAAUGAAGUUAUGGCUGUGUAUGGGCAUGACGGCUCUCCGAGAGGGAAGGUGAUUAAGACGAAUUAG